CUGGCCAAUAAAAUCAUCACACACCUGAAGUCUUCAAGGAGCCUCUACAUCAUGUGCCACAUGCCAGUCUUCUGCUGGAUCUCAGCCACUGUUCUAGAGAGAAUGUUGGGUGAAGCAGAGGGUGGAGAGAUCCCCAAGACUCUGACUCAAAUGUACACACACUUCCUGAUCUUUCAGAUCAAACACAAGGACCAAAAGUACCAUCAGAAAUGUGACCCUGAUCCUCAGCAGACCAGAGAGAGUAUCAUGGCACUGGGAAAACUGGCUUUCCACCAGCUGGAGAAAGGAAACCUGAUCUUUUAUGAGGAAGACCUGAGAGAGUGUGGCAUUGAUGUCAGAGAAGUGUCAGUGUACUCAGGAGUGUGUACCCAGAUCUUCAGAGAGGAGUUUGGGCUUCACCUGGGGAAGGUGUUCAGCUUCGUACAUCUGAGUUUUCAGGAGUUUCUGGCUGCUUUGUACACAUUUUUCUCCUUCAUCAGCAGAAAUGUAACAGAACAUCAAACCUCUGGUCUGUCUGAUCUUUUCAGGAAGUCAAACAUGUCUGAGCUCCUCAGGAGUGCAGUGGACAAGGCCUUACAGAGUGAGAAUGGACACCUGGACCUGUUCCUACGCUUCCUUCUGGGUCUCUCACUGGAGACCAAUCAAACUCUUUUACGAGACUUAAUGCCACAGACAGGAAGCAGAUCUCAAAGCAAACUGGAAACAGUGAAGUACAUCAAGGAGAAGAUCAGGCAGAAUCCAUCUGCAGAGAAAUCCAUCAAUCUGUUCCACUGUCUGAAUGAACUGAAUGAUGAUUCUCUAGUGCAGGAAGUAAAAAAGUACCUGAACAGAGGAGGUUUCAGUCGUCUCAGUGACACCAGUCUCUCUCCUGCUCAGUGGUCAGCUCUGGUGUUUGUGUUACUGACCUCAGAACAGAAGCUGGAUGUGUUUAAUUUGUGUGAAUAUUAUCCAUCACAUGAAGGUCUUCUGAGGCUGCUGCCAGUGGUCAAAGCCUCCAGAAAAUGUGAUCUGUCAGAGGAAAGCUGUAGAGUUCUGUCCUCAGUUCUCAGCUCAAACUCCUCCAGUCUGAGAGAACUGAACCUGAGUAACAAUAAACUGCAGGAUUCAGGAGUGAAGCUGCUCUCUGAUGGACUGAAGAGUCCACACUGUAAACUGGAGAUACUGAGUCUGUGUGACUGUAAUCUGACAGAGAAAAGCUGUAGAGUUCUGUCCUCAGUUCUCAGCUCAAACUCCUCCAGACUGAGAGAACUGGACCUGAGUCACAAUAAUCUGCAGGAUUCAGGAGUGAAGCUGCUCUCUAAUGGACUGAAGAAUCCACACUGUACACUGGAGAUACUGAGUCUGCGGGACUGUAAUCUGACAGAGGAAAGUUGUAGAGUUCUGUCCUCUGUCCUCAGCUCAAACACCUCCAGUCUGAGAGAACUGGACCUGAGUUACAAUGAACUGCAGGCUUCAGGAGUGAAGCUGCUCUCUGAUGGACUG